AUGGAUUCCAUUCGACCUCCCUCCCGCCCGACGGGUCAAGAUACCGGCCAUGGAGAUUCGAUAUCAACGCGUCCUCGAGCGAACAGUGAAAGAGAUUUGAUACGGAGCAGCAUGAGCAUCCACAGGCCCAAAGAAAAUCGGUCUCCAGCAAACUUCCCCAGAGCCUGUGAGGGUAUGCUUAAGACCACCACCGAAACAGGAGAUAUUGGCAUGUUCUCAAUCAAACCAUCCCGAGUGCCUCAAUCGCUCGGCACGCCUCGAAAGCGUGGUACAAGCUUCCAUCGCGAAAAUGGACACCAAAGGCCAAGACAGAACUUCCAGCCAUACGGUGUACCAGUGGUCGAUGAUAGGAGGCGCCUGCCUUCCUAUGCUCGAGAUGCCGCGUCCGAAGUCAUAUCCAUGUACGAGAGUGCCAGCCAGAAGUCCGCCAGCCGAGUUUUCGACGAACCCGACUAUCGAUCAUAUUCCAUGACUCAAACAUCCUACUCAUCUUAUACUCUCUCAAAUCAUCGAUCUUACAACAGUCUUCGAAGUCAAGCGGAGGCAAAUCCUCGGGUUCAGCGCCCACGCUCCCCGUUUGCGUAUCCAGCUCGAUUGAAGCGCCCUGGAUUCCGGCCAUCUUCUCCUGCACUGACCGAUGGAGGCGUCGUGGACUAUAGCCGUCGGGCUGAAAUUGAAAGAAUACCUCCAGGACCCGUACAGAACACCUCCUCUCCGUCAUCUUUGUAUGCGCAUAGGCGUCGACCUCACCAAUCGCUCCGGCCGGAUGCAAAUAGAUCGACACCUUCUCUUCUCAGCCAGCCUUCUCCUCCUCGGCGGUGCUCAAGUCCACUGGUGUCCCGUAGUAACGGAAUCUCGAGCCAUGACUGGGCUCGCAGACCUGGUCUAACGUCUGUUAACACGUCGCCUGCUCGUAGCACUUUCAGUCUCGCGUCCACGGUCAAUUUCUACGCAUGUGCGCAACCAUCAUCAACAACAACAACCCCUGGAAAGGUUCCUCCACCAUCGCCACUUUACUAUGACUAUACCGAAGAUUUCGAAGUGGAGACUUACAACGAGCCGGUGACCGUCGACCCACCACCUCCAUUUCGAGUUGAAAAAACCAUUCCAGAAGAUCGUCCUAUGAGUUCAGAGAGACCGGUGUCCAAAGGACAUAGCUCGAGCAAUGAUAUCAGCACCUUACAGAGCUUGCCCCCCGAGUCACCAGUUCCUUUCACCUUCGACCAGCAGGAAGCAGCCAGCCAGAAUCCAUUGGAGGUGUUGAAGGAGAAUCUCACUAUCCAGUCAGGACUGGCCAAGACUGACACACCUUCCCAAGAUGAGCAUGGCUGCAUGUCUAGAGACAGAAAUUCGGUGCGUCUGUCAGGACUCGGUUAUGGAGCCCUGUUAUUGCGAAGUCAUGUUGAUGAAGCAUUUGGAAAUUUCCCAUCGUCUGCGCUGGACUUUACGGAUCCCAACAAGACAGAAAGUGCCGAGAAAUCGGAACUCCAAAAGUCUCUUACACCAGGCGAAAACAUUGAAAAGGAGAUGGAUUUGCCAUCUACUAGGAGCUCAUACAGCAUUAUGACCAGUAUUCCUCACUUUCCGUCACCACCCCCUACACGAGAUUUUUCACAAUCUGAGCAUUCGACACACUCCAUAGCUCAUCGGACCACUGAAGGACCUCUCUCGAAGGCAAUUGGAUCUCAAGAUCCAUCAGAGUUAGACCAGCCUCAUCAACCAUCUGUCAGCAGGCAGCAUCAAGGCAUUUCUGUAAACGCACGCGAUACUGGAUCAAACAGUGGAAAAACAUCAAGCGAAUCCACUGGCAGCGAAUCAGUCGUUUCUGCAACAGCCAUGACCAUCAAUGCAACUGAAGCAGACAUCGGAAUUGACAGACAACCAAGCCAGCAGCAAAUAUCUUCGACGGCGCCAGAUGCCUUGAGAAGAACUCCUAUGACGUCCCCAACCGUUCCCGAGGGGUUCAAAUUGCGCAAGACAGACUUUGACCAGUGUCAUAUUCUCCCUAUGCCUCUUCACAGUCGACGUAGGGGUGCGGAUGAUCCGCAAAUUCAGCCCCUCAAAUGUAGCCAAUACUAUGGAAGCCGCCAAUUGGACCUGUCUGCUAUAUCAGACCAAGGAGUGGUCAACAUUCCAAACUUCAGUCACCGAAAUCCAAAAAGGGAUAUGCCUCGUUCAGAAUCUCCUAUGCUGGCACCAAAGCCAAUAUCUCCUGCAAGACAACUGAAGUUGAAGAAUAGUGUCCCACAACUUAUGAAGGCUCUUCCACCUCUUCCUCCAGAGCCAUUAAAUCGGCCUGGGUCGCCGAAAGCUCAACUGGGAGCCGAGGAAGUCGGGCUUCCUUGCAACUUCUCCCGUAUUGGACGGGGCGUGGGCAACAACUCGGACGAAGGAAAACAGCAGAUACCUGCAAAUAUCCAAUCACCAAACCCAAUCUUAGGAAGUGACAAAGAUAAAGAAGAGCAGUCCGAGGUUCUGGAGGUCCUCACUACUUGUGCCAUAGAAGAGAUCGGAUCACGACAUGGAAGCUCUGAAAGUUCACUGCCUCCGCCCCGAAUGAAGCUCAAGGUCAAGUCAUCUGGCUCCUCUCAACGCCCUACAUUGCCCCCCGACUCCCGCCCAUGGAACUUAGCUGAGAACUAUCCUUGGUCGUCGCAAAUUUCGAUUGUUCGCCUACCACUAGUCGUUCCAGACCACCAGGUCUCAGUUCCGAAUCCACCAAAAUUCAGAUUGAAAGUUACGAGAGCAUCGAACUCUACUCAUGGAACGGUUCGUGUGAACCGUAACGUAGGUGACUCAAAACCUCUGAUGCAUCUGCGAAAUCCGAAAGACUUCUUCACUCCCUCUACAGGAAUCGACAACAUCUUUCGCCAAGUUAGUAGACAUCUACAUUCAAGGAAGGCCAGUAUGGCCAGCAGUCACGCCAGUCAGAAUGAUGCGAACUUACCAGCAAGCUCAAUUUCAAGUCCCAAAUCUACAAAUAACCCUCUGACUGUAGACUCAACUAUCCCGCAACUUCUUUCGUCCACAGCAAACCCACUCAAUUCAUCAGAAGCACGGAGCGUUUUCUCGGAUGAUAGCUCGAAUGUUCAGGGAAACCAUAGUCUUCGUCUGCGAGGAAGACUUUCUAAUUUAAGGGCUAGGAUUGCAGUCCCCUAUGCAAUGAGAACUGGCUCUCAGUCACACGACGAUAUUACUUGGAGAGACAGGAAUGGCACGAACGCCGCCCGUGUACCUCCCGCUGCUAGGUCAAGCCCUGACCUUCAUGGUAACAGGAAAAGUACCGAAACAGCAAGGCCGAUGCGUCGAUGGGUCGCGAGAGCACGGCAACACAAGCUGAAAGCCAAAGUUCAUCUUCAAAGCUGGCUGAAGGAGGCAAAAUCGGCGGUGAUUCGAGUCAGAACACGCAGCACUACAGGAGAUGGAGUGGAGUCCAUGAGAGAUUGA